AUGAGGUCCACGCAACCGCUUCAGAGUGGCAUGCCCACGGGCAGCAAGUACAUGGGCUGGUGGGGCAGCAUGGGUGGUCCCAAGCAAAAGGGCAUCACUUCGUACACCGUCUCGCCGUUCCAGCAAAACGCCAUGCACGGUGCCUUCCGGAAUUAUGCAUUCUACGGAUACAAGAGGAUCGUGGCCCAGGCUCCCUACUUUGCCAUUCCCUUUGCCAUCGGAUACGGCAUCUACAGCUGGGGAUCGAAGCGAAACGCGUUCUUGAACUCAAAAGAAGGCCACCGUCUCCACGGCGGCGAAGAAUAA